AUGAGCCAUCUUCCGAUUCGCAAACUGGACCGUAACGAGGGCGAGACUGACUACGAAGGUGACUAUGACACCGACAUGGCGCCCGAGGCAACUCACAAGGACGCCUUGAAGUCACAUGCUCGCGAUUCCAGCGUAGAGGACAAUACCUUGACGGACGAGCCAACUUCAGCACGCUCGCCCACUAUUCCUCAGGGAAUGCCGCCUCUGCCUCCUACUGCACCUCGUGCAGUUCCGCCUCCACCACCUCAACAGGCGCCUAGUCGGCCAUCAACAGAUGCUCCCCGUGGUGCACCGCCUCUCCCACCGGUACCACCACCGACUCGCAGCGCCCCUAUGGACGAUGACGAUGAAGAGUAUGACCCGUUCAAGUACACUGGCCCACCCCUUCCGCAAGCCGCGGCGCCUCCAGCUCCUCGAGCAGUGCCACCGCCCCCACAAAGCCAGCCUCCUCCCCCGCAGAAUCGCCCACCCCCACCCAUGCCACCAUCGAUGCCUCCUGUACCACAUCGCCAAGCGGGUGAAUCAGAUGAAGAGGAUGAUUUGUACUCUUCCCCGCCAGCUCGGAAGUCUCACGAUAGGCCACCGCCUCCACCACCUCAGGCUCCUCCACACCAGCAUGCACCUCCGCCUCUUCCACCUCUACAAGCUCCGCCUCCUCCAGCUCAAGAAAGAAUGGUCCCGCCGCCACCGCAGGAACGCCCAGUUUCCAUGUUCUCGCCAGUCGCAACGGAGGCACCGCCUCGGAUGCUGAACACUCGGAAGUCGCUCGAUGCAGUCCAAAUGCUGACAACUCGAUCUUCCAUGGAUCAGCCUCGCCCGGCAACGAAUCAAGGGUUCAUUGCAAACGAUAUCGAUUUGGGGAUGUCGUCGCAUUGGUGGACCCAGCCCAAGCUACUUCCCCCAUCACUCCAAGCCCGCAAAGACGUCCUAGUAGACAUGAAGGAGUCGCAAUCAGGCAACACUGUGGAGAAACUCAUCAAAGUUCUUUACCUUGACUACUCACAAACAAUCAUUUCCGCACGCUUCGAGUCCACCAACGUUUCCGACGUGGAUCUCGAACAGCGCAAUGAGCCGCCGCCUCCCAGCCAGCGUCCUGAUCAGCUGGAGAACGCGUACGAGCAGUUUGGUCGUUCGAUAGCCAAGACCAUUGAGUCGAAGCAGAACACCGUCGUAGGCAAUGGCACGCCGCAGGGACUGAUUGAGGAGCUGUUUAAGCCCUUUAAUGACGCACUGCCCCCAAUUUCAACUCGCUCCUACGGCGCGCUUGUGUACGCCAACCUAGCGAACGCGUCAACCCAAGUAUAUGAUGAGAUCCGCCCUGGUGACAUCAUCAGCUUCCGCAAUGCAAAGUUCCAGGGUAAGACUGGGCCAAUGCAUGCUAAGUACGCGAUGGAUGUUGGGAAGCCGGAUCACGUCGGCGUUGUUGUCGAGUGGGAUGGCAGUAAGAAGAAGGUAAGGGCUUGGGAGCAGGGACGUGAGCACAAGAAGGUCAAGCCAGAGAGCUUCAAGAUGGGAGAUUUGAGAUCAGGUGAAGUGAGAGUGUGGCGUGUAAUGAGUAAGAGUUGGGUGGGUUGGAACUGA